CUGGUUUGACAGAAAUGUGCUUCUGAGAGAGGCAGUGGGUGUUUUGUGAAAGUGAUCUGCCACAAGACGCUUGCUUUGAUCACCGGACCCUUGCCUUUGAACCGUAAGUAGAGAGCAGGCAUUGGGAGACGGUUGAACGUUUCUAGGAGGCCUCGUACACCGCACGCCUGCUCUUUAGAGUAUUUCAGAGACGAGCAAUGGGUUCGACUGAGGCAAUGGAGGACUACGAGUUUAUCGACAAGGGGGAACUGGAGGAAGCUAGCCCACCCAAGCCAGCCGAAAUGGCUUCGUCAGCUGCCUCCAGCGCCUCCAUCUUCCAUGAUCGGCUUACGCACCUCCAGAACAUAAACACCGAGGAGGACGAUGACGAUACGGAUGUCGAAGUGUCUAGUCCUUUGGCGAGUGGAGAAACUUGUGACGAGCAUGGCCUGCAGGAGGAGGAGCAUGAAGCUGACCUGUGCAUCCUCAGCGUGCACCAGCUGGCAGUCAUCACCAACCUGAUUGGAGAGAUGGUGAAGAGAUCCAAGGCAGGGCUUGAUGCAGCAGCCAAGAGCCUCAAGGACCCUCAGGUUGAGAGGCACCUGCGCGCGCACAGUGCAUCUUUCCUGGCGGCCUGCGCGACGCUGCUGCUGUCCCUGCUGCUGGUGCACCGCGGCAAUCAGCGCGCCAUUUCUGGUGUCCCCAGCACCUCCUCUCAGGUGAGCCUGGCCAAGUUUGGCGCCGGCUGCGCGCCGCUGCCGGCCGCGGUGCUGGGCACGGUGCACAACUUCACGGCGGCGCAGCGGCUGCUGGCGGAGGGCACGCCGUCGGACGCCGGCAUCGUGCUGGCCGCCUACGCCGCGCAUGCCACCGAGCAGUUCGAGACGGCCAAGCGCGCCUACAAGAAGGCGAGCUUCCUGAUUCUCAGAUUCUCACCUGGGAUGGUGCAGCAGAACGCGCACGGCCAUAGGGCCAAAGCGACGCUGAAAGCGGCGCAGAAGGAGCUGAAGCAGAGCGCCAAGUGGGCCGGCCGCAAGCUGCAUGCGCUCGCCAAGAUGCACCGGCGCUUCGUCGCGCGCAUGCAGGACGCCCUCCACCUGGACAGGGAAGCCACGGAGCAGCUGGCGCGGCAGCUGCCGGAGCUGAUCCGCUCCCUCGACGGCAGCGGCGCACGCUCGCGCGCGCACCACCGGCUGCGGCUGCUGCAGCGCGGCGCGGCACGGCCAGCAGCUGACGCGGCGGCUGACGCAGCCGCCUCGUACGAGGCCGCUGCGCGCGGCGUUGCCUCCGCGGCCGCCAUCCUGGAAGCGCACUGGCGCCGGCUGCCGCCUGCAGUGCAGGCUGUGGCGGAGAGCGAGCUGGCUGCCUGGACAGGCUCAUGGGAGGCACUGGCAGAAGCGAUCUGUGUGGCAGAGCUUGACACGCGCUCGGACGCAGCGCCCCUGGCUGCGGCAGAGGGGUGCCCCAACCGCGCCAUGAGCGCGCUGGCCGCCCGGCUGACAGCUUCCGUCAACUUCCGCCGCCGCCUCUUCCACCUGGCAUCCACCGCGCAGCUGCCCGAGGAAACCCUGGAGCACUACACUGUGGCGUGCGAGAGGGGUGGCGGGAUGGCGAUCAUGCUGCAGCGCGUACAUGCUGAGCUGGCCGGCAUCACCGGGGACGGCCGCGCCGCCGCCGCCGCCUGAUGUGAUUGCCUGAUGAGGACUAAUUUGCCAGGCAGCGCAUCGCACAGAGGCUGCUCUAACAAGCUGGGAUAGCGGGUGACAUGUAAAUGGGUUGCAGCCAUUUGUCUCCUGGCUGGCGAGCAGUGGCUUGUGCAGCACACUCGGCUGAUGGGCAGUCCCUGGAGCCUUAUGACCAGGCAGCUGUCCCAAAGAAAUUGGGCGGGAAGUCAUAAUGACAGAUUGUGGGAGCCAGCUGGUAGGCUGCUAUUGGAGGCAUGCAUGUACAAGAUGAGGCACAGUUGAAGCUUACUGUUGUGAUUUCCCUGACCCCAAUAGGAGCAAAGGGCCCAGGCCAUUGCCUGUACUUCCCGAAAUUCUUUUGGCAGAUCGCCCAUAUCAGAUGUAUGGUAUCCCCUUUUGAUGUCUUCCACAACUGUAUAAUGGAGAUGAGUUGUGCUGGUUACCAAAAGUGUGUUUCAGAGGCCAUGACAUUAUAAGUGUACCUUCAUGUAUAUACCAUUUUCAAUGCAACGGUACCAUUAGAAUUUUGUGUUGCAUUGAUGGGCUGCAGCUGCAGACCCAUAUGGGUGACAAUGGAGCAUCUGUGCCAAAAGCAUAAUGAAUGCCAAGAUUCGAAGCCCUUAACCAAAGGGUGAACAGUACAAAGAUAGAUUUUGGGUGGCUUGCCAGUCUGCAACCCAGUGCUAAUCUGGGUUGUCAGAUAGAAAGUGGGAUGCCUGACGUUUCCAGGGAUGUACAAUUCUUCAAUUCAAGAAGUUGAUGUGACCUCGAGGUGAUGUGAGCUCAUUGUGUGUUGCAAAUGUACCAGCAAAUGUAACAAUCCAUGUAGGGAUCUCUUAC